UCUCACUCCGUUUGGUACGUCGGUGGGGACAAGCAAGUGACAUCUAUAACCUUGUUUCAACGACUGCAAUCUUGGCGCUUCCUAUCGCUGUGGGAGGUCCUCUGAGACUCGGACAAGAAAAAUGGCGACUAGGGAACUCGGUGACUCAUUGCUCGACUUUUCCAUCGACCUGUACAAGCAGCUGGCCUCAACAAACAACUCUUCCGAAAACAUUGUCUUCUCCCCGUUCAGUAUCUCGGCGGCACUCUAUAUGGCUCUGGCGGGGGCCCGAAACGUCACCGCCAAGCAGCUCGCCGACGUCCUGCACGUGAACGGGGACGAGGUCCACCAGAACUUCUUCAGCUUCCGGUCCAAGCUAACGGGCCUCGCUCCUGGAGUCAAGUUGCGCAUGGCCAAUCGUAUGUGCACGGACGAGACUCUUCCGGUCCUCGAAAGCUACGGCGCCCUCAUACGGGACUCGUACGGCGCCACGCUCGAAACGGUCGACUUCAAGAACGACUUCGAGAACGUCAGGCGACGAAUUAACGCUUGGGUCGAGCAAGUCACGGAAACUAAGAUCAGAGAUCUUCUUCCUCGUGGAAGCGUGAACAGCUUGACCAAAAUGAUGCUGGUGAAUGCAGUCUACUUCAAAGGCCUGUGGGAGUGCCAGUUCGAGCCUGCACUGACAGAACGCUCCGAUUUCCACUUGGACAAGAGGAACACGACGAAGGUGGACAUGAUGUACAAAGAAGAUGACUACAAGAUGGGUCACGACAAUGACCUCGCUGUGACCGCACUGGAGAUCCCUUACAAAGGCGGAAAGGCUUCCAUGGUCAUCCUCUUGCCCGACGAUAUCGAAGGGCUAGCUCAACUCGAAGAACGUCUGACCUUUGCCAAAAUGUCUCACCUCCUGAAGUCCCUAACUCUCGACAGUGACGUCCAGUUGGGCAUUCCAAAAUUUACACUGGAACAGACGGUCAAUCUGAAGCAGACGCUGUAUGCCAUGGGCAUCGAAGAUUUCUUUACGGAAGCCGCGGACCUCACGGGAAUAUUUGAGAAGUAUAAUGUACCAGUUUCAGAAGUCUUUCACAAGACGUUCGUGGAAGUCAACGAAGAAGGCACCGAGGCAGCCAGUGCGACCGCACUCGACAUGUGCGACUGCGCAGCGUUAGAUCAGACCGUAUUUAUCGUCAAUCGGCCUUUUAUGUUUUUUAUACUUAGCUAUCAUCCAAAGGCUGUGCUGUUCAUGGGCUCCGUUCGAAGAAUUUGAACCGUUCCAGUGUUUCCCGAUAGUCAGCUUGCCAUGUUUGGUGGCUUGAUGCGCACAGUGCUUUACCAAAAGAAGAGCGAGUAAGAGACCAGAUUUUCAGCUUACGCGAAUUUAGAUAACUAACUUAAAGGGGCCCUCCAACACUUUUUGAGCAUAAUAAGAAAACAUUGACGUAGGUAGCCAUGACUCCUUAAAAAAGGGGAGCCGCAGAUUAUAGCGUACCACGCUGUUUAGAAUUAACAUUAAUUAAAAUCAGUGAAAAGUUAUUCCCUCAGCUCUCAACAAACAAUGCCACAUACCAAAUCGGGUGCCAUACACCCAAGUUCACGGCCAUUAGCUGACUUGAACAUCGUGGGCUGCAUAGUUAGCGAGGCCACCGCGGGAGGCCACCACGUGUCGACGCACGCGCCCGCGAUCACAGUGAAAGUAAGUUACGCUUUCGCAGAAAAAAAAAGAAAAUGUUCUCAAGAUCAUGUACGCGACUUCUGAACAUAUUCUACAUUUUUUCUUCCUUUUGUGCGUGUGUUGUGUUGCGCGAAUACCUGUUAGCCACCUGAAAGGGCCCUCCUCAUUGUUGGCGGCUGCGAUCAGUGAGCCUCCCAAUGCUGCGGGCGCUGGGUUUGGACAGAUGAGGCAGCCCCGCUUUAUUGCACUUGGAUGGUUCGAAUGCAAGAGGGGGAAAACACGACACUUUGCGCAAUCGUGCCCUGCAGGACGUUCGACACUGUUUUCCCAAAUGGCGAAGCCAAGGAACGCAUCCUGUGACUUCGUGCAACCUUUAGUGCACGCGUGCGUGUGUGUGCUUGUGUGUGCGUGUUUGCGUCAGCGUACGCGUAUGUGUGCGUGGACCAGUGACCAGAAGAGCAGAGCGAAAAAAGCGUAGCAAGAACCAGAGACGCAGCGAGAAGAGCGAGCGAAGAAGAGUUUGCGAAUUGCGAGUGACUUCAGCGGUUGUACUUGUUGCUGUUUAGAGUGGUUGUGCGAAUAAUAUUGUAACCAAGUUUUCUCAAUUAAAUACAAGCUUACAUUUUCAUCUUUUAA